UUUCGAUCUUGUUCCUUCUCUGAUUAUUUUCUUGUAUUUCAUAGUUCCUGAUCAUUAUAUUUAAUUUACUUUAAUUCAAUAAUAUUUUUACCUUUUCUAAAUUUCUUUUUAAAUAUUUAAAAAUAUAUAAAAUAAAUUUAAACGCGAGAAUAUGUAUCAAAUAUACAUGCAAUUUAAACGCGAGUGAUAUGUGUAUGUGAGAAGAUCAGUUCCUUUUAUUAUUUAUUUGUAUCGAAGUACGCGCGCGAAUACGAAGGAUAGUAACAAUAUAAUUGUUACUAUAAGUAACAAUUAUGACAAAGUUCUUGGCGACAAUUAAGGCAAUAUUUACGCGCUUGGUGUUUGCAUCGCAUGGCUUUAUCGCUAUUUGGCAAGUAACAACUUUCAAGAAGAAUCCAUUUUUCUGGUACCUGAGUUGUCCCAUCUUGUUGCUGUUCUUCGAGGGCAUUUUCACGCUUACUAUAAAGGAAAAUCAAGAAUGGAAAUGGUUUUGCCCAUCUGUAUUUUUAUAUCUCAGUAGUGUGGUACCUGCAAUUUGGCUAUUGGAAUUGGACAAGGUAGAUAGGAGAUUAAAAUCCCGCGAAUCGGAUAUCAACAUAUCCGAGAAUUUCGAUUUAUCCAAUCUAGCAGCCGGUGAUUUGAAGCAUCUAGAAGACGCUCUCGGCGUUGAUAUUCAAUUACCGGACAUUCAGAUUUCUACGGAAACGUGGGUCACUUUAAUCGAACAGUUUUUAAUGUUAGUUCUAAUAAUCGGCCGGUGGAUGUUACCGAAAGGUGACUUAACUCGUGAUCAAUUGAGCCAGCUUCUGUUGGUCUACAUCGGGACCGCGGCUGACAUUAUCGAGUUUUUCGACUCAUUCAAGGAAGAUAGGAUAGCGAGAGAGCCUGUGCUUGUAUACCUGACUCUAAGCAUUUGGGCAUGGUCCCUGAUGCAAUUUACGGUCGUGCUAACCGCCACUAAAUCAAGGAAAUCUCGACUCUCCAGUAGCGUCUCUAAGAAGAAAAUCCGGACGGAAACUAGUUGCUGCAGUAUCGAUGUAUGGGGAAUUGCUCUGAACAUGAUUCUUCAGGACGGACCGUUUCUUGCGUUUCGCUUGAUAUUGAUAAUUCAUUAUCAGAUAGUCAGUUACAUGAACAUAUUUUUUACAUGCAAAAAUACGCUUGUAAUAUUGCUGCAAUUGUAUCGGCUUUACGUGGUGCAAAGCGAAAGCAAAAGCAAACGGACUAAGAAAUAUAACAAAAUGGAGGUGUCGAAUAUUAGUAUUAUUUCUCGAGGCGAUAUGUACAAAGACGUAAGAAUGAAGAAAUCGCGAGAUGAUAAUAGGCAUAAAAGACGACGUGAUAAAGACAUAGAAGCAAAUUACAGUGAAACCGAGGACUCGAUGGAGGAUAUCGAUAAGUUUGAUUCAUCUCCGAGAAAUGUUGUCUGUUCCAAACGGAAAAGUCGUCAAGAUACCGGAUACUCGACAUCAAGUUCCCGUAAUUCUAGCAAACAGAGCAAAUCGCAAAAACGCGAGGGGAAGAGAAAAUCGUCGCGUAAAGAGGAAACAAGACGUGACACUUCUGACGAGGAGAGACGUAAGAGAAGAGAAGACAGAAAAUCUUCCGAGAGAAGUGAGAGGAAAUCGACAAAAAUUAAAAAUGACGACGGUUCCGGUAAAGGAUCUAAUCGGAAGUUUGACAGUGAAAAUGAGUCCUCCAGCGAAGAGUUGACCGAAAGUAAGACUAUCAGCAAAGGCAGCGAAUCGGAAUUUGACAGAAACAGUGCUCGUAAAUACAAACAUCGAAAGCGGAGGCAGGAUAGAGAUUGACAGCGGAAUUUGGGUAUUAUAGCAUUAUUGUUUAUUUAUUCUGCAAUUUUUAUUAUUUGCAUCCUCUUUAUACAUGCUGGAAUUAAUGACGGCAUAAUACUAAUCACGAAAACGAGACAAUUUUAUCCACUGAGAGAUUAACGUAUAAAUAAUAUUUAUAAAAAUAAAGAGAUUUAUAGAGAUAUGCUUAGUACUUUCAAAAUAAUAGAACAUAAAUGUCUACUUGUAUUUAUUGAUUAAUAUUUUGAAUACAAACAUAUAGAUUGUUUUUAAAUUCUUCUCUUAAUUAUAAACUUAUAUUAUCUUGACAAAAAAGAAAACAUUUGCAAUUAUUAUUAAUUGCGAAUUUUACAGUAUAGUGCAAUAAGUCUUAUUAUUUCAAACACAAUUCAAAUCUUGAUGUAUGGAUAUCUAGACAGAAUGUAUGUAUAUAGAACAUAUGUCCUGAGAAUUUAAUCAUAUAUAACUUUAUGUAGACACUCCUAAUAAUAAUACACAUACAUCGAAGAUAAAAGUAAAGAAUUGACGAAAAUAUUGAUGGAAAAAUUUCAGGAGUUUAACAUCAAUGUUUUAUAAAAAAAAAUAAUGAUA